AUGUCCCUGGGCCCCGAGGAGCUGGCCUCGGACACGGGAGAUGACAGUCUUUCUACAGUCACCCUUGACUCCAGCUUUGAGACGAAAGCAAAAAGGAAGAGUUCCCACAAGCCUCCACCCACAUCGCCAAAGUCACCGUACUACUCCAGGCCGCAGCUCUUGGCCACCGCGAGGUCCCUGCGGAUGGACGCCAGCAUGCCCCUGAAUACCAGGAUGACCCUGACCCCUCAGAAGCUGUGGCUCGGGACGUCCAAGCAAGGAAGUCUGACCCAGCCCCUGAAGGCAGACCACACCCUGGAGCAGGCCUGGACCACCCCUCCCAGAUGUACCUCCGACUAUCUGACAGAAGCUCUGAGAAUACGGGGGUCCCGCCUCCGGCGCUCUGCCAGCCACGGCCGUGUCUCGGGGACCCCUACCUACAAGGAGAAGGAGGACAUGUAUGACGAGAUCAUGGAGCUCAAGAAGUCGCUGCACUUGCAUAAGAGAGACAUGGACCUCCUGAGGACCAAGCUGCGGCGCCUUGAGGAGGAGAACAGCAGGAAGGACCGACAGAUUGAGCAGCUGCUGGACCCAGGCAGGGGCCCAGACUUCAUUCGGACACUGAUGGAGAAGAGGCCUGACACUGGCUGGGUGGUCAACGGGCUGAAGCAGAAGAUUCUCAAGUUGGAACAGCAGUGCAAGGAGAAGGACAGCACCAUCAGCAAGCUCCAGAGCGACAUGAAGACCACCAACUUGGAAGAGAUGCGGAUCGCCAUGGAGACGUACUAUGAGGAGAUCCAGCGCCUCCAGACGCUCUUGGCAAGUUCUGACGUCUCAGGAAAGAAGCUCCCCGCAGAGAAGAAGGUGAGCCUGAAGCGGCAGAAGAAGAUGAACGUGGUGCUGCUGAACCUGUCUCGGAGCGUGCAGGAGCUGACCGACGAGAACCAGAGCCUCAAGGAGGACCUGGAUCGAGUGCUCAGCAACUCGCCCUCCUCCUCCAAGGUCAAGGGUUACAUGGAGUGGAGCAAACCCAGGCUGCUGAGGCGCGUCUCAGAGCUGGAGAAGAAAAUAGCUUUACUAGAAAGUUCCAAGUUGAACUCGUCGGAACUGGUGAAGUCCUGCCCUGUGACCCACGCCUCAGCCAGCCCCUCAGCACCCAGGCAACCCCGUGCAGACCAGCAGGAGGGGCCCAAGCAACUGCACAGCGUCCUGAAGAGCCUGAGAGGCGAGCGUGCUACCCUGCACACCCAGCUGCAGGAGAAGGACUUGGAAGUGGAGCAGCUGCUGCAGACCAAGGCUGACCUGGAGAAGGAGCUGGAGCUCGUGAAGGAGCGGGACAGGGAGAGGCGGGGUCAGGAGGAGGCGCUGAGAGAGCUAGUGCAGACCCUGACCAAGAAGCUUCAGGACCUGGAAGACGCUGAGAAGGACAAGAUUGCUGGCCCCACGGAGCCGACUCACGAGAAGACCUGCUGGCUGGCUGAGCCCCAGGCCAUGUGUAAGCCCCCCAGGGGUGUGUCCUUCCAGAAAGGGCCCCCUGCUAGAGAGAUCCAGGAAGACCCCUGGGAACCUCACACCCCCAGCAGCUGCUCCCCGCAGACCCGGGAGCCUGACACCAGUGCUGCAUGCUCACGGCCCCCCUCUGUCCAGUCAGCUGGGAGCCGGGAAGACAAGCAGAGGGACACAGCGGCCAGGCUCCUGCAGGCCUGGUGGAGGACAUGCCACAAGAAAAAAGCUGCCGUUUUGGAUGAGGCAGCUACUGUGCUUCAGGCAGCUUUCCGGGGACACUUGGCGAGGACACAGCUCCUGGUCUGCACAGACCAUGGGUCCCCACGUCCCAGCACACCGAGCCCCUCGUGGAAGCAUCCCACCCUGCCUGGCAGCCGGAGCCCUGCUGCUCUGGCCAGCACAGGGCUGGAGGAGGCUGCCACACUGAUCCAGGCCGUCUUCCGGGCGCAUCUGGCACGGACCAGGCCAGGCCGGGGUCCAGGGCAGCUUUUCUGUCUUUCCCAGAACUCCGGGUCUGAGGACAAGUACCCCCACUCCCGCCCCGAGGAGGACGACUGCCCCCGCGCUCGGGACGAUAGUGAGGCCAGCAGUACAGAGACUCUGGAGGGAUCUGCAGCCGAGCAGGAGGCCUGGUCCACCGCAGCAGCGCCGUCACUCCUCCAGAUGCUGCCUGCCCUCUCCAGGCCCCAGCCCAGCAUACAGCCACCCACGGACGAGGUGGGCUCCGACGACUCUGACGACGUGGUCAUCGCCCCCUCGCUGCCCAGGAAGCACAGUGCAUCCUAG